CUAUCGAGGGUCGCCAAGCUCGCAGCAGCGCUUAACUAAGGUGCAAGGGUUGCCUGGCCCCCAAAGCCUGGUGCCUGCACACCUCCGGAGUUUGCUAUUCGUCUUCUUGUUCAAUUCCGUCCUCAGGGCUGCUGUUACGCUCUGCACCGGCAACGAUGGAUAGCCCGGUCGACUUUUCUGCACUGGCUGAGACGGAUGACGAGCCAGAUUGGUUAGCCGUAGCCGCUAAUGCACCAGCAGGGAAUCAAGGGAAUCAAGGGAAUCAAGGGAAUCAAGGGAAUCAAGACCCAGGCUCGACUCGCUCGAGCAAUGCUGUCCCCCCAGUGCCCCCGCCGACUAUGACUGCAGCGCCGACUGCAACAAAGUCAACACCCGAUCCGGCACCAACAGCAGCUGAUUUGAUUCAAGAAAAACCGUGGAAGUAUGUGGGCUACCAGGCUUACUCUGACCUACUCGCUUCCGAGCCCGACUUUUUCGUCGCCCGUCGGUUCCGGAGCCUCAACGUACGGGUGGCCCUGCGCAUGCAAGAUGAAAUCUCGAGGCUGGAAGAGAAGCUCGCCCGGAUCGAAGAGGAGAGUCGCCAGCCGGACAAGGGGGUAGAUAAUGGUACGUUUAGGAAAGAUGUCGUCUCUGAGAGAGUUGAGCUCCUGGACAAGAUCUCGACAUCCCUGUAUCGAUACAACAAAUUCAUCAUUCAACAGACCACCCUGUUGAAGUAUCCCGCUGCGCCUUCCUGGGACAUCACCAGCCUCAAGAACUGGCAUAUGAGCCAUGCCAACGAGGCGAUUCACCGGGAGGAAAAGACCUAUCUGGAGUACCCGGAUGACCUCAUCCCCAUCGGCCCGCGAGAUAAGACGCCGCUACGUCGGGGGAUGGACAAGUUUCUGUUCUUGCGCACGCUCCCCUUCUGGCGGGAUGACCGGAGCAAGACGCUGUCGUCCGGCGGCCGGCGCAGGAUCGGGGAUGUGGAAGAUGGCACUGGCAGUAGCAAGGACGCCGACCUGCCGCCGGACGCCUUACACCCGACCAUGAGUUUCUACAACGACAAGGUCAUGGACCAUUUCGUGUCCAUCGUAACCAUUUCCAUCGGCCUCGUGAUGCUGGUGGUGCCCAUCUGGGUGCUCCAGGCCCUGGGAAACGCCUCUCACAAGCUGGGCGUCAUCACGGCCUUUGUCCUCGCCUGUCUGCUCUUGACGAGCUUCGCCAUGACGUCGCGGCCUCUCGACGCACUGGGCGCGACGGCUGCGUACGCCGCGGUUCUGAUGGUGUUCCUGCAAGUAGGAGCCAAUUAAUUGGCCGCACUACU